CGAAGAUACACGCACACAAACGCAUACACAGAAAUGGCUUACAAUAUCUGUUCUUCAUCGUCUUCCCUGUCUCAUGACCCCCAUCUCUUCUUCAGCUCUUUUUCUCCUCCACUAGCUCUCCAAUUCGCUCUGUUCCAACCUACACCAAGACUCAAACAAUCUAAUCAUUCCAUCACAUUAAAACCCUCUCUUCAACUCACCCAAGUUUCUUCUCAAAUUCCAGUUUCAGAAAGGACCCACCCCCCAAAUCCACCAAAUUCACAAUCCCUAGAUGAAAAGGCCAAUUCUUCAUCUAAAAGCUACAUCUGGGUCAAUCCCAAAAGCCCCAGAGCUUCACAGCUUCGCCGACAUUCUUACAAUGCCAGGUACGCUUCAUUAUCGAAAAUUGCCAAGUCGUUGGAUUCUUGUAACCCAGUAGAAGAAGAUGUUUUUGAUAUAUUGGCUAGUUUGGGUGACAAAAUCGUUGAACAAGACGCUGUAAUUGUCCUUAAUAACAUGUCAAACGCCGACACAGCUGCAAUUGCCCUCAAGCACUUUCAGCAGAGAUUUGAGUUGAAUAAAGAGACGAUUCUUUAUAAUGUGACUUUGAAAGUGUUUAGGAAAUGUCGAGAUUUAGAUAGAGCGGAGAAACUGUUUGAUGAAAUGCUUGAGAGAGGGGUUAAGCCAGAUAAUGUUACGUUUUCGACCAUUAUUAGUUGUGCUAGGUUGUGUUCUUUGCCCAAAAAGGCUAUUGAGUGGUUUGAAAAAAUGCCCUCAUUCGGGUGUAAACCGGAUGAUGUUACAUAUUCGGUCAUGAUCGAUGCUUAUGGAAGGGCUGGUAAUGUAGAUAUGUCAUUGAGCUUGUAUGACCGUGCAAGAACUGAAAAAUGGCGCAUUGAUGCCGCAACAUUCUCUACACUGAUUAGAAUUUACGGGACAUCGGGAAAUUUUGAUGGGUGCUUAAAUCUGUACGAGGAAAUGAAGGCCCUCGGUGUUAAACCUAAUUUGGUUGUGUAUAAUUCUUUGCUGGAUGCUAUGGGGAGAGCCAAGAGGACUUGGCAGGCAAAAAGUAUCUACAGGGAGAUGAUGAACAAUGGGUUCGAGCCAAGUUGGGCAACCUAUGCUGCGCUCCUUCGUGCAUAUGCUAGGGCUCGCUAUGGUGAAGAUGCGUUGAAUGUGUAUAGAGAGAUGAAAGAAAAAGGCAUGGAGUUGAAUGUUGGUCUUUACAAUACCAUAUUAGCUAUGUGUGCUGAUGUAGGCUUUACAGAUGAAGGUGUUGAGAUCUUUGAGGAUAUGAAGAAUUCUGAGAAUUCCCAGCCUGACAGCUGGACAUUUUCUUCAUUGAUAACGAUAUAUUCAUGCAGUGGGAAAGUCUCGGAAGCAGAGGCUACAUUGAAUGGGAUGUUGGAAGCAGGUUUUGAGCCUAAUAUCUUUGUCCUGACCUCACUUAUCCAAUGCUACGGGAAAGCCAAUCGCACUGAUGAUGUUGUCAGGACAUUUGAUCGACUCCUAGCACUAGGAAUAACUCCGGAUGAGCGGUUUUGUGGUUGUCUUCUUAAUGUGAUGACUCAAACGCCGAAGGAGGAUCUUGAUAAGCUGACCAUAUGUAUUGACAAGGCUAAUUCAAAGCUUGGUUAUGUUGUGAACCUCCUGUUGGAUGAGGAAAGCAUUGAAGAAGGUAUCUUUAAGAAGGAAGCUCGUGAACUCUUUGAUGCUAUUGGUUCCGAUGUUAGAAAAGCAUACUGUAACUGCUUGAUUGAUCUCUGUGUCAACCUGAAUCUCUUGGAGAAAGCUUGUGAGUUGUUAGACCUGGGGCUUACUCUUGAGAUUUACACUGAUAUACAGUCAAAAUCUCCAAUACAAUGGUCUUUACAUUUGAAGAGCCUCUCACUUGGGGCAGCUCUCACAGCAUUACAUGUCUGGAUGAAUGACUUGUACAGAGUUCUCGAAAGUGGGGAGGAGCUUCCAUCAUUGCUUGGGAUCAACACUGGUCAUGGGAAGCAUAAGUAUUCCGACAAAGGUUUGGCAGGUGUGUUUGAAUCGCAUCUGAAGGAACUGAAUGCUCCAUUCCAUGAGGCUCCAGACAAGGUUGGCUGGUUUUUGACAACAAAGGUUGCAGCGAAGUCAUGGUUAGAGUCUAGACAUUCCCAUGACGUAGUUGCUGCUUAGAUCUAUGUCUAUAUGGGUUAGUCUUCUGCUAAUAAUGCUUGCUUGAUAUUGACAGGAUCCUUGUAUUGUUUGAGACUUUUAAUAUGAUUCUUCUAUCCUGUCAUUUUUCACUAAAUAUUGCUCUCAUGAGAGAGAAAUUUUUUGUUCUAUUAACUGGGAAAAGGCUAUUUAUGCUUGGAUGUUCUGUUUUUUUGGAGAUUUUACUUGAUUGAACUAUGAAGG